AUGGACAAUGGCUACCACUCCCCACAGGUCUGGGAAGUGAUCGGAGGUGCCGACAAGGGUGGAGUGAUUGUCAGGGUGGAUGAGGAGAUCUCUUCGACGCCCUUCCCGGAUCGCCUGACCACCGGGUCCUUGGUCAUGGAGGUCGAACUCGUAGGGGACCGACUUUGCUAUGAUCGUAUUGCUGGGACUGGCGCUGGUCCCGACUCUGGCUGGGUCUCUGUCCGCUUGGGCCUAAAGGAGCUCCUCGUGCCGAUUGAUGUGAAGCCGCCUCGGAGUGGCUGGCGAGUUGUUCACAAGGACCUACCCACCUGGGUGCCCCCUCGACCUCGUCCUGAACGUCCUGCCAUCACAGACGGCAGCCAGGGCCCUUCGCAGUGGCGGGAUGAGGAUGAGAUGGUUGGUGCUGGACCUGGCUCGGCAGUGGGACCUGAGUAUGCACAGAUUUCUGGGCAGCCCUUCGCAUACUAUCACAAGGUCUGUUUUAGCGACACCAAGCCCACGGGUCUUCGCAUGUCUGCAUGCCUUGGAACAAUGGAAGAGUGUCGAGCCGACACUUUUACCCUUUGUGACCAGACAGUCGACAGCUUUAAGAAGGUCACGGAUCCCUUCAUUCUCGUGGCUUUAGAGUUACAUCCUGCUAUUGCAGAUUUUAGCCCCUCCAAAUCGGAGGAUGGCCUGCUCUAUGCGCAUCCAAGCUCCAAAGGUCCCAUCAUGACUUGGUUAAGGAAUGAAGUGCAGUUUGGGUGGCCAAUGUUUCCACUGAGGACUGAAGAGCAGAUCAUCUAUGCAGUGGGGAAAAACCCGCGGAGUUCCGAGCGAAGAGCCAUCGCCACGGGUCGCUUCAUUGAGGCUUUGGUCGAUGAGCAGACAGAUGGGAUGCUCCAGGGAUUGAAAUGGCAAGAGGACAUGGAUAGGUUCUUUGCAGCUUUGAAGAGCAACCACUCGAAUCCCCGCUUAGAUGAGGCCAAACUCCACAACCUCUAUCGCUCCUCUGGAAAGCCCUUCAAGCCCAACAUCAUGACCAAGGAACAUCGCUUUAAGAUCUCUCAAAUCCAGAGAGAAUCCAAGUGGAUCUUUAGCUUCGGGGCGGCGGGGCUUUUUCAUCACGAGGCCAAGACCCCCGAGACUAAGCGGACCCAAAAAGAGAGCCCUGCCCAGACUAUCCUAGACGCCAUGGCUGCCAUCGAGAUGCAAGAGGUGUCCUCCAUGGAAAGAGGCCUUUCGACCCCACUGGGAGCGAGGCGUCCCAUCGCAGCGAUGCUGAACCCCAGCGCUACGCUGGCAUGCACUUGCUGCUUUCUGAUCUAUAUGCUGCAAAUCGUGGGCAUUGCAAGAAGUGAGGCUCAUAAUUUUGCUGGCGUGAGCGUGCUGAUACCCUGGCUUCGGGAGCAGGAUUUGGUGCGCAGCUACUUUGGGAUCCUUGGACUUGCUUACCUCCCCUCCUUUGCUUGGGCGAUGGUGGAAUGCUUGCGCUCCAGUGCCGUAGAUGUCCGAAGGCAAGCGAAAAGCUGGUCCGAAUAUACGACUUUGAUGGCAAGCCUUAUGUGCUUGUGCAUCUUUGAACUCAUUGCCGGCUUCUUGCUGGACAUCAUGGGCUCCAGCUAUGUGAAUGGCCUGAAUGCCAAUGACCCCUUCGCAGUGUUUCGCUUUGUUUGUGACAGCGCCUUGUCUGUUUUCAUGCAGACGCGGCUUUUUGCCUAUGCUGAUCACAUCAUGGGCGGGCCCAGCAGCUGCACCAAGAGCUGUUGUCCAUGUGGGCGACAAGAAGAUCCUUCAAAAUGGCAAGCGCCGCGCGGUGCAGGUAGCUGUGUGUUGCUGUCUUUAAUGCUUCUCGCAGUGCGUGUUUAUCACGACCUCAUCCUGUUUCUGGGCUGGAAAGGAGCCAGUUCACUGUGGGCAAUCGUCCGCUUGGCCCGUGUGAUGAUCCGCUUCUUGAUGGCAGGUGCCAACGCCAUACGGAGCAAGGCCUAUGCCAACCAUCCGCUCAGCGAACACCUUUCUGCUCAAAUGAGAAGCAACAUGGCCACGCAAAGCAAGAUGUUGAUGGUUGCAGGCAUCUUGGCGGGUUGUGUUGACUUCGCGGUGGUUGCGAAGGGCUUCUCUGCACCGGAUAAAUACUUCCUUGACAUCACGGACUUCGAACUGGACGUGAUGAACAACCUUUUUACCCAGUGGCUACCAAUUACUUUGCUCAUCACUGGGACCAUCGAUAAACGAGCUCCUCAGCCCCACAUCAAUGACUUGAGAGCUUGUGGCUUUGCGAAUGGCUUGGUCAUUUUCUUCCUCUACCUUGGAACCUUCCUCUUCGGAGCUUGGGGUGGUCGAGCCCUGCUGUUCCCCUUGUCGGAGAGUGCGGUGCAAGUGAGCCUGAUCGGUGGACCGGCGUUGGUCUUGGCGAAGACGGGCGCUGGAAUGAUGUACUUUUGCUUGCCAGCUCUGUUCCUCACGGUCUUCCCGUUCGUGAUGCAUCAGGUACAGAAGACGACCUCCGUGACGAUGCCCAUGUGGCCAGGAGAAGGGCUCACCUACAUCACUUACCAUCGGAACGCUGCACAUCUCUUCAUUCUGGCCUUGACCGUGCAUACUGGAGGCCACAUUUGGACGUUUGCGAAUGCUGGAGGCGUGGACGCCUACACUGGCACGAUUUGGGGUGGGGGUCACUAUGCAUGGUUGUGGCCUUGGGUGACGGGAUGCUUGCUGGUGACAUUGGGCCUCUCGCUCUAUGUGGCAUACUGGGCAUUGAAGAGGCGUUGCUAUGAUUUCUUCAUCCGGAACAAACGCGUGCUGGGUGUUGUGUUGUUGGUCUUAGCUGGCAGCCAUGGCUUUACCUCCAACUUCGGCCAGCCGCGGCUUUGGUGGUUUUGCUUGCUGAUCCUUUGCAUGUGGGCCAUUGACAAAAGGAUCAAGAGUGAAGCGAGCGGUAUCAGCUGUAGCCAAGAAAUCGUGAAGAUGAAGGAUUCCAAAGGAAACUUCAACGGUGCAAUCCUUGUCUUGAAAUCCAAGGAGACUUUUCAAGAAGUGGAACCUGGCGCGGUUUUGCUGCAAGUGGUUGGAGUGAAUGGGCGGCAUCCCUUGACGCAAGUCGCCUACCCUUGUGGAACCGGGUGGAAGUUGGAGUACCAUAUCCGGCUGAUGCCGUCGGUGGAAAAGCAGAACUGGGCCCAUCGGUUGUAUGAUCACGCUCGUGCGAGAGAAGGCUCCGAGGAAGGCAUUGACUUGGAAGUCGCGGGACCUAUGAGCACACUGGGAACCUUUGGGCAGGAAGAGCUCCUGAAGGAUGUGCACCAUAUUAUUUUGGUGGCGAUCGGUGUGGGCUUCACCGGCUGUGUGCACCCUCUUUUCCAUGCAUAUCAAGAAGGCCUCCGUGCGGAUCAAAUCCGUCUUUGCAUUCGGACGCCUUCUCCUGAGUAUGCUAACGUUGUGGAGGUGGUGUGUGGCGCGUAUGGCCUACGUCGGAAGCAAGAACUGCACCUUUGCCAGAGUGUGACGAAUAGAGCAAGGGGCAGGCAUGGGCAGGCCAAACCCUCGAAGGAGUGCAAUGGUCUAAAUACUGUAAUAAGAGGGCAAUAGAGGGCACAUUUUGAGGAAGCAAUGCAAUUACAGAACGGCUCCAAAUAUAUCGGAUACCAAUUCAAAAGCCCAAGAAAAUCCCCAACAGUUGCCCAUCAAAAUCUGCCUACUAGGCAAUGGCACCAUCGCCAGUUCGCCAACAAGUGUUGUAUCUUUGCCUGGCAAUGCUGUCUUCAAAAGUGCAAAGUUUUUCAGUGUACCACACGGCAACACGUCAUAGUGAAUAUCAUGUGCCCACAUAUGUGCAAGCACGACAGCGCCACUACAAGCAAGAACCAGCAAACAUGCUCCUGAACCCGUCUGGAGCCUGCCAGCAAGUCAACGCGACAGCAUGACCCGACUUCAGCAUCUCAGGGUGACAACAUGUCAGCAUGUUAGUGUGACCCGUGCCAGCGCGCCAGCAUGUCAGCGUGACACCACGCAAGCGUAUCAGCGUGACAACACGACUCAUGCCAGCCGACGGCAUGGCAAUACCUCCGCCUCAGGGAGACAGCAUAUGCAAAGUGCUCCCGAACUAAAGUAACAAGGACGCCACUAGGGGCUCCUGGCCUUACUACCAGGAACAAGAAGCUAUUAGGGGCUCCUGGCAUCACUAGUAGCAAGGACGCUACUAGGUUGGAGGCCACUGCGCUCCGGAACUUUCACCAGAACUUGCUGAAGCUCCGGAGCCUCCUCUGCAACCUCCUGAACCUGCUACGGGACCUCCGAAGUCUUUACUGUGGCUGAUGAUCUCUGAGCUUCGCUGUUGGG